GUUUGAGCUUUGUGGCCAUUGCUUGAUCUAUGCUGCGUGCAGCUCUGCUGCGACCAGCGAGCAGGCUCUAACGGGGUCUAAGGUAGCGCAAGAAUGACACAGCCGGGGCGGCAGCAGCCGCAGCUCGAGGAGAACCUGGUGUUCUCUGAGGCUUUUGACAGCGAUGCCGCCUGGGAGCUUGCCAACAAUGUGGCGCAACCAUCCUUGUCAGCAUAUGACCAUGCGGGGCGCUUGUACGUGUGGAAUCCUGAAGGUGGUGUGCUCCAUUACGUUAGCGUUGAUCGGGACGCGGGCUCGGGCAGCCUGGCCACCCUACAGUCGUCCAGCCAUGACUCCCCUUUCGAUACGCUGGUCCCCACCACCGCCCUUGACUUCCCCAUCGUCUCCAUCACUGUGAGUCGCAGCGGGCGCUACGUCGCGUUGGUGGGGGAGUCCGCUCUGGCCGUGCUUGAUGCACAGAGUUCCAAGGGCACAGACUCUCCAGAAGUGGCGUCAUGCUCCGUCCACUCCAUUGCGGGGGCCAUCUUCCCUGGGGGCGAAGCGGGCCCGGCGCUCCUGAGGGUGGCGUGGCAUCCCAGCAGUGAUACGCACCUGGGAAUCCUCUCCUCAGACGGAGUUUUCCGCCUGUUCGACCUGUCCCAGGAUAAGGACUCCCCGGAGCAGGAGUACUAUCUCCAAAGGGCCCACGCCCCACCCCGUGGCUUUGCGCGCCCAGUCGACCUUGUCUUUGGGGGGGAGCAUCUCUGGGAAAAGUUCACCGUCUUUUUCCUGUGGAGCGACGGGGCCAUCCUGCCUCUGUGUCCCGUGGUCCCCUUUGGAAGCCUCUUCUCCCACGAGAGCAUCCUGUCCCUGGUGCGCGACAUGGAGCAGUGUGCCUCGCAGGGGACCCCCUUCACGGAGGCCACUCUGGCCUGGCUCCACGAGACCUUCCCCCUUUCUGAACGGCGUGCCACGUCAGCAUCGCCGGCCCGCUCUGAAGCCGUCAGGGCAGCCACCGGGAUGGUGAUUGCAGCAAGGGCACACGUGCCCUACGAGUGCUCGCCAGCCUUGCAGGGCCCCCUCCCCCUUGUGGGCCCUGGCGCCCCCCCCCUGCGCAAGGGCGUGAGCGCGGCCCACCUGGUGUGCUCCCCGUCCGGCAAGGACUGCCUGCUGGCGUGGAGCCAGACGGACGGCCUGGUCCACGUCAGCGUGCUCACGGAAGAGGUCCUGCCGGCCUGGAGCUACGACCACGUCCCGCAGACGUCCCACGACCCCGACGGCCGCCUUACUCGUGCCACCAUGGUCGCUCAAGCAACUGACGUGGCAGCUCCGGACCCGCCGAGCGCUCCGCCCCUUCUUCUGCUGGCCAGCGCGGACCUGGCCCUCUCUGCGGACGUCCGGUUCCGUGCCCCCCUGAGCUUGACGGCGGACCCCCUCGUUCCGGAGCGCAUCUUCUGCAGACACGGCAGGGGGGUCGACUCCAUCACGCUCCGCUGGCUGCCCUUCUCGGACCUUGCCGGGGGCGACCGCGACUUGGCGAAAAUUCCUCCUCCGGACGUGUAUUCUCUUCUGGACGUCAGCGGGGGGGAUGAGCAGGAGGCUCGGCCCCUGAUGGGCUUGGCCGUGGUGUCGGACUCGGCAGGGGAGACGUGGCUGGUCGCCUCUCCCGUUGGGGGCGACUGUGUGGUCAUCUCGGUGCGGAGUGAGACGCCCGCCAUGCUGCCGGCACUGCUGCUGCCGGGCCCCGAGGGGGAGGGGGCCGAGACGCCCGCCAUAAGCCCGGAGCUCUUGCAAGGGCCCAAGAAGGGGCUUAUCCCCAAGGCGCCCCGGGGCCCCCCUGUGGCCGCGUCGAGCCACGAGGGGCGGCUGCUGCUGCACGCGCGGGCCAAGGCGCUGCGCGAGGUGUACAUCGAGUACGCGCAUCGCGCCCAUGUCGAGCUCACGGCGCGGGUGGCGCGCCUCGCGGAGAUUGCGCAGGAGCAGCGUGCACAGGCGACGAGAGCGCAGCGAGGCCUGGAGAAGGCGGCCACCACAGCAGACGGCUUCGAGGGCAGGCUGGCGGCAGCAUUGGCCAAGCACGCCGAGCUUGAGCGGCGGCUUCAACGUUACAGCAAGCUGCCAAUCGUUAGCCGGACGCCUUUGACUGCAGCGGAGCGCGCCUACAGAAGCGAGCUGGUGGGCCUGGAGGCGGACCUGCCGCUGCUGGGCGGCACCCUGGCAGAGCUGGCGGAGCGCGCCCAGAAGCUGGCGCGGGCGCGGGGGGCGGGGCCGGCAGGACCGCACCGAACGCCGCCCGUGCCGGACGCCCAGAUGCACCGGCUGAAGCAGGCCGUGGAGCGGUCGACGGGCGUCAUCACGGGCAUGAUGGACAAGGUUCAUCUUCUCGAGGAGAGCGUACACCGAAAAGAACGACAUGUCUUGCGUUGAAGGACGGCUGCAGAAUUGUGCAAAAAAGAACACGGCCUAGGGGACUCGGUGGUUGUGGAUGAGCUGCCAAAAUGUCCUCAUGGGGCGCCUA